AUGCCGCCAAACGCGUCUCGCCCCAGCCUGGCUGACCGACGACUUCUGUCCAGCAUCUCCGUCGCCUCCAAGCACUCCCGCCUCUCCUUUGCCACCUCGUCCUUUGAAGCAGACGAUGAGCGCUCGUCUUCCAACGCAAGCAUGAGCUCUGACGAAAGCGACCCCCGGACACCACCGCCCGGCGGCCUUGUUCCCCACUACGCUGGGCACGACGCCCGGCCAACCAGCCGCAAGGAGAUUCACGGCUGGUACAUAUACGCAUUCGCCGCCGAGGUCAGCGACAGCAAAAAUAAAGACGACGGCCAGUGUGUCGUCUAUGUCCUCGGACUUGUCAUAAACACCGCCAGCUUCGCCAUGUACACUUUUUCCGUCAGCGUCCUAGCACAAGCCCUCCUGGUGGUCAGCAUCAGCUGCGCCGCCGAUCACGGCAGUUAUCGAAAAAAGAUGCUUCUCGCGUUUGCUUGGAUCGGCAGCAUUUGCGUCAUGGGCUUCCUAUUCAUCAACAAAUCGCUAUACCUUCUCGGCGCCAUACUCACCAUCAUCUCAAAUACGUCAUUCGGAGCAUCCUUUGUCUUGCUCAACUCGUUUUUGCCGCUGCUCGUUCGCAACCAUCCGACGCUACUUGCAGCCAACGCGCCUGCCACGCCCGAGUUUACCGAUUCCGCUUUAGGGUCGUCACAAUGGCAGGAUUCCGCAGACGACUUGGCCAACUCGACAUCUGCGCUUCUACCCGACGAAGCCGCGACGAGGGACGGGUCCAAACCGCGGCCGACUCACGCAGAAAUUACGUCGCAAGAGCUCAAGCUAUCCACCACAAUCUCCUCAAAGGGAAUUGGCAUCGGCUACCUCGCCGCCUUGUUUGUUCAAUGCCUCGCUAUUGUAAUAAUUAUUGCCAUGAAAAAUACGACUUGGUCACAGCGGGUGGCAUUGUUUGUCGUAGGCUGUUGGUGGACCAUCUUCACCAUCCCAGCCGCGCUGUGGCUUCGACCACGACCUGGCCCGCCACUGACCAUUCAUGGUCGCUCCGAAGGCAUUUCUUGGAUAUCAUAUCUUGUAUACUCUUGGAAAUCUCUCUUCGAAACAGUGCGUGUUGCGCGCCGACUUCGCGACAUUGUGCUUUUCUUGGCGGGCUGGUUUCUUCUGUCCGAUGCCAUUGCGACAACCUCCUCCACUGCCAUCCUAUUUGCCAAAACACAGCUCCACAUGAAACCCUGGGCGCUAGGCAUGAUCAACGUAAUUUCGACAGCCUCGGGUGUGUUCGGCGCCUUUGGCUGGUCGUGGGUCUCCAAUUUCUUCGGCCUCAAGCCGCACCAGACCAUUCUCGUCUGCAUCUGCCUCUUUGAGCUCAUCCCCAUCUACGGCCUCAUGGGCUAUCUGCCAUUUGUCCAGCGCUGGGGCGUUCUCGGCUUGCAGCAACCAUGGGAAAUGUACCCUCUCGCUGCCGUCUACGGCCUCGUCCUCGGCGGUCUCGGCGCCUACUGCCGCUCCCUCUACGGCGAGCUGAUACCGCCUGGCUUUGAGGCGGCCUUCUACGCGCUCUACGCCAUCACCGACAAGGGAUCCAGUAUUUUCGGGCCGACGAUUGUGGGUCGCAUCAUUGACAAGACGGGCAGCAUCCGGCCUGCGUUUUGGUUUUUGGGUGCAAUUGUCGCGCUGCCGGCGCCGCUGAUUUGGAUGAUCAACGUUGAGCGCGGCAAGCUCGAUGCCGGCAGAGUCGCGCAAGCGUUGGAAGGAGUUGUGGCGGAUACACAUUCAGAGGAGGGAGGCGACGAGGAGAGACAUGCCAUACUCGGGCAUGACGAGGAGCGCGACUCGGAAGAGACGGCAAGAUGUUAA